CGGCAUGUUAUUCAUGUGCGACGACGGCGAAGGGGGAAAGAUGGCGGCCGCCAUGGUGCAAAUGUCUUGUUUGUACCGUGGGAUGCUAGCGGUCAGGGCAACUGGAAUCCGACCGCUCAUCCCUGGCCUGGUGCCGUCGCAGUUUAGAGCAUUUUCUGUGAAGAAGGAGAAAGAGCCGGAACUGGAGGACAAUCCAUAUUAUAAUAAAUACCAGGAAAAGAUCAGAAAGCUAAGGAGUGUAGUACUAGCUUGCUAUCUGAACUAGAGGCCUUCACGGGUCCACCCCAACCCGAUGACACAGGGUUCCACAAAUCUGAAGUUGACACUUGGAGUCCUGUUUGGUGGCCACACACCUCAGUGCCAAACCGCAGGAGUUCAAUGGUCGGCUCGAGAAGCGAAAUGAAAUUAAACGGGAGCCACUCGGACACUCUAAACAAUCAGAGUUCGUCAAACUCAUGGAGCAGCAGUUAGAGAAGCGUGACAACCAGGCUGAUGGUUCAGGCAGAUUCACCAAAGACAAGACCCUAGGAUCUAUCCUGAACUUGGACUUGAUCCAGGAUAAGUCAGGAGAAGAAAUUGCAGAGCUUUGGAGGCAAUAUUAUGCCACAAAAGACACCAUAAGCGCCGUCAUACCAGCCCAUGUUUUUGAAGUGAUUUUCAACAGAGCUAAGUGCAACCCUGUGUUCCUGUAUGCGUUACCCCAAAAGGAGGGCUAUGAAUUUUUCCUGGGGCAGUGGUCGGACCACGAACUGCAUUUCACGUCCCUGAUCAAUGUCCAGACCAUGGGAGAGCACGCCCCCAGUCAGUUGAUCCUCUACCACUAUUCUGACCUGCAGAAAGACAAGGGUGUAGUGCUCAUGACUGCUGAGAUGGACCCUAAGUUCAUGACAGUACAUCUGGCUCAGUGCUUGGCCAAUCAGGUGCAGCUGUUCUACGGAACCCAGCGGCAGGAGAUUUUUGGAUUGGUGGAGACCUUCAACCACAAACCAGCUGACUUUAAACACAUGGCAGUGAUUGCUGAGUUGGAACAGAGUGGCGUCAAUCCUGCUCUCACCUCUGGGAACUAGAUCAAGAGUUGUCAGACAGUGAAAUUUUGCUCCAAUUUACCAAGGGAUUGGCACAUGGUCAUUCAUUUGGCGCCAAUCUUGCAUUUGCGAGAAUGACGUCUUUUGCUUGGCACUAAUGACCUGGUUGACCAGAUGCAUCAGUCAAAAUUUAUGCUAAAUUCCCGGGCAUAGAUGAUGUAAUGAAUCAAUGUUAUUUAAUCUUAUCAAAGCCUUAAAUGUUCUUUUUCACCUCUCCCCUGUCCAUCUUACUGUUGUACUUGACAGUAGUCUCAUAUUCCUGUCAGAACCCAGCCUACAACCCAUAAGGCACUCUAUACUGUACAUAGGCCUCUGGUCAAAUGUAAUGCACUAUGACCCCUUGUGGAAGGUAGUGCUCUAUACACAGAAUAGAGUGCCAUUUCGUGUAUGGUGUUCCCUUUCCAAAUAUUCUUGUUAUUUUUAGAUAGAAUAACUGCAGGAAUUUGGUUUUCAAAACAAUGGAGUGUACAAUGAGGUUUCGUACAUAAGUAUAUUUGUACAUAUAAGUAAACUCAGCAAAAAAAGAAAAGUC